UUUUCAGCUCUGAAAAGAUCUUUUGAGGUUGAGGAGGUAGAUCAGUCUUCAAAUUCCUCCACCCCACAAAGACGGACCCCGAACACCCUCCUCAGGUCCACCGUGUCCAGCUCCACACAGAAGUUUCAGGAACUUGGUGCCAGGAAUUCAGAGCCAUCUGCCCGACAUGUGGACCCCACAGCCCAAAGAUCACCCAAGCCCUCUCUGAGGAGAGUGGAGCUCGCUGGACCCAAACUGCCUGAGCCGAUGUCCAGAAGAACAGAAAUCUCCAUUGACAUCUCUUCCAAGCAGGUGGAGAACUCCACCUCAGGGUUGUCGAGAUUUGGCCUCAAAAGAGCAGAUGUUCUGGGGCACAAACCCCCCGAGCCCACCCCAAGGAGGACUGAGAUCACCCUCGGCAAGCCCCAGGAGCCAGGUCUCCGGAGGGUGGAAGCGCCAGCAUCAAAGAUCCCUGAGAUGUCCCAGCGAAGAGCUGAGACGGCCAGUGCUCCCGUGCCCGACAUGGCCACCAAGCGCGUGGAAAUUCAGGUAGCGAAGACUGCCGAGGUCCCAGCCCUGCCAGCGCGGCAUGCGGAGAGUUCAGAGCCUCCUCUGGCCACCCAGCCCCCUCAGGCAGAGCCAAAGCUGCAGCCGGUACUGAUGGAGACCCCACCAAAGAGAGAAG